CGAAGAGCUGGGCUGGGAUCCGGAAGUCUGGGCGGAGCCUAGCUGUGCACUUCUCAACCGCCGACAUCGACAUCGUGCUUCUAGCUGCCCUCCGAGGUCCCUGCCGGAAGUGUAGGAGGAAGUGGACAGAUUUGAACAUCUCUUUCCAGCUUCUCUGAUCAUCAUGAUGAAACUUAGGAACAAAAACAAAAAACCAGGUAAAGGUUCCAAAGGCUGUAAGAAGCCCGCAAGGCAAAAUGGGAAGAAAGUAACCUCCAGACCAUCCUCUGCUCCCCAGAUCAUUCAUGGCAAUGACCAUGCCAGUCGUGAGGCCGAAUUAAAGAAGAAAAGGGUGGAGGAGAUGAGGGAGAAGCAGCAGGUUGCCCGGGAGCAAGAGAGACAGAGACACAGGACCAUGGAGAGCUAUUGUCAGGAUGUUCUGAAACGCCAGCAGGAGUUUGAGCAAAAGGAGGAAGUUUUGCAGGAAUUAAAUAUGUUUCCUCAGUUGGAUGAUGAGGCCACAAGGAAGGCCUAUUACAAGGAAUUCCGGAAGGUGGUAGAGUACUGUGAUGUGAUUCUGGAAGUCCUAGAUGCCAGAGACCCAUUGGGCUGCCGCUGUUUCCAGAUGGAGGAGACUGUCCUUCGGGCAGAAGGCAACAAGAAGCUGGUCUUGGUCUUAAAUAAGAUAGACCUGGUUCCCAAGGAGAUUGUGGAAAAGUGGCUGGAAUACCUUCGCAAUGAACUGCCAACUGUGGCUUUCAAGGCCAGCACCCAGCAUCAUCAGGUCAAAAACUUGACUCGGAGUAAAGUUCCAGUGGACCAGGCCUCUGAGGCACUGUUGAAAAGCAAAGCCUGCUUUGGAGCUGAAAACCUUAUGAGGGUCCUGGGGAACUAUUGUCGCCUGGGGGAAGUGCGUGGCCACAUUCGUGUGGGUGUUGUAGGCCUUCCCAAUGUGGGGAAGAGCAGUCUGAUCAAUAGCCUGAAGCGCAGCCGUGCGUGUAGUGUGGGAGCUGUUCCUGGUGUCACAAAAUUCAUGCAGGAGGUCUACCUAGACAAGUUUAUCAGGCUGCUGGAUGCACCAGGCAUUGUCCCAGGACCCAAUUCAGAGGUGGGCACCAUCCUGCGUAAUUGCAUCCAUGUGCAGAAGCUGGCAGACCCUGUGACCCCGGUGGAGACCAUCCUUCAGCGCUGCAACCUGGAGGAGAUUUCCAGCUAUUAUGGUGUAUCUGGAUUCCAGACGACUGAGCAUUUUCUGACUGCAGUGGCCCAGCGCUUGGGAAAGAAGAAGAAGGGCGGUGUAUAUAGUCAAGAACAGGCUGCCAAAGCUGUGCUGGCUGACUGGGUGAGUGGGAAGAUCAGCUUCUAUACACCACCACCGCCUACUCACACUCUGCCCACCCAUCUCAGUGCUGAGAUUGUUAAGGAGAUGACUGAGGUCUUUGAUAUAGAAGAUACUGAGCAGGCCAAUGAAGACACCAUGGAAUGCUUAGCUGUGGGAGAAUCCGAUGAGCUGUUGGGUGACAUGGAUCCAAAAGAAAUGGAGAUCAGGUGGCUUCAUUCUCCACUGGUGAAAAUAGCAGAUGCCAUUGAAAAUAAAGCCACCCAGUAUAAGAUUGGAAAUCUCACUGGGUAUUGUACCAAACCAAACCGUCAUCAGAUGGGGUGGCCUAAACGCAAUGUGGACCACCAUUGCCCCCAAAAUAACCGUGUAGUAGAGGUCAGUUCAGUGGACCGCCGCCCGAUGUUGCAGAGGAUCCUGGAGACAGACCCACUUCAACAAGGCCAGGCUCUGGCAUCUGCCUUGAAGAAUAAGAAAAAAUUGCAGAAACGUUCAGAUAAAAUCGCCACUAAGUUGUCUGACUCCAUGAUGUCUAUGCUUGACCUCUCUGGCAACUCCGAUGACUGUGCUGGUGACUGAGCAGCUGACCUUCUCCUCAUACUGCAAGUACUGCUUCCUGUGGGAUGGGGGAAUCCAGAUGCCUUUCUAUUCUCCCCGAAGUACCUACAUAGUAGAACACCUCCAUAGUGUGUAUCUUCUGCUGCGCAGUCCACCAUUCUUAUUAAAGGUCUGCAGCUGCUGAACCCCAAUACCUUCUACUUAAUCCCUCCUGUCUUUGAAAGUGAUCUUGUGUUUGUUUUUGUGGUGCCAGGAUUAAACCUAAUAGGUCCUCACACAUGUUAGACAAUCAUUCUAUUACCGUGAUGUAGUAUUAUCAUCAUCAUCAUCAACAUCCAUCAUUAUCACUGAGGGAGGUGCUGCUUACUCAGCCUUCCAAGUACAAGAAUUACAGGCUUCUGCCACCAUUCCCAGCUCCCACUGUGCUUUACAAGGUAAAUAAACUCAGCAGAUGCUUGGCAUGGUGGCAACAUACCUAUAACCCUGACACUUGGGAGACUGGCGCUAGGAGGACUGUAAGUUAUGGGACAGCCUGAACUAUCUGGCAAGACCCUUUCUAAACAAAACAGCUCAAAACAAAUAAGCAGAGUCCAGCUGGGCACACACCUUUAAUCCUACCACUCUGGAGGCAGAGGCAGGUGAAUCUCAUGAGUUUCAGGCCAGCCUGGUCUACUGAGCAAGUUCCAGGACAGCCAGGGCUGCAUAGAGAAACCCUGUCUCGAAAAAACCAAAAAUCAAACAAAAACAAAACAACCCCAAAACCAAAAAAACAUAAAUGUGUAGCUCCUCCUGUCUCGAAAAGUGAACAAUAAAACAACAAAAAUAAUUUGUAAUUUUUAAAAAAGCAAAUAAGCAGAGCCUAAGUGCUGAGAGUGGACCUUGCACUCUAAAUUCCUGUGUCCUACCCUGUGAGUUAAGACAGGGGUUAAGCUCUUGGACAGGUAAAUGUUCUAAAGGCUAGACUGCUGAGAAACCUGGUGGCAGUGGCAGCAGAGCUGGUGGGUGUUCCUGGAUGGGUGAGCCUCUUGUUUUUAUCACCCUACAAGAUCUCAGUGCCAAGGCCCUUGCCUGAGUAUUUUCCAAAUCAAUAGGUAGGUCCUCAUCUGGGCAGUGUAGGAGUACAGAAGGACAGUGGUGAGUCUUUUGUCUCUAGAAGUGUCUGGGGAUAGGGUAGAGGAUGAAGAUUCUAGAAGGGGUAUAUCUAUCUAGUAAAUCGGAAAGCCAUUGGCUGCAGGACAUUCAGGAAAUGUAGACUGAACCUGUUUUCUGGACGGUUAGGGACUGAGCACAAACUACUAAACUCUGAGAAUCAGUUACCACCUUUAACCUUCAAUAUAUCUGUAUCAGGAAGGGGUAAGGCUCAGAAAGCUGAAAGAAGUGCUGGUGUGCUAGGUUUAAAACUUGAGUCUAAUUCAAAUCUUAUGCUAGCCUUUUGGUUUGCAUUAUUUUGCCUUCUCAACAAGGAGCACUACUCUAUGGUGUUUUUUGUUGUCAUAUAUUUAAAUAUAUUUACUCUGUUUUUUUUAAAAAAAGGUAGUAUUUUAUAAAAAAAAAAACCUAUGCUUUCUAAAUCUCUUUAAAUAAUGUCCAACAUAAUUCACUGAUUUCAUCUUAAGCUUUGAUAGAUAAUAAUGUAUUAGAAGUAAAAGGAUCUAGAUUCCUGGGAACAUAAUCAUGCUAAAAUAAAAUAGAACUAAAACCAGGUGGGCGCCUCCUACCAGUACUGCAAGCACUAAGAAUGCUGAGGCAGGAAGGUGGCUGUGAGGCCGAGUCCAGCCUGGGCUGCAGAGUCAGAGGCAGACUCAGAGCAAAACAAAAUGCUGUGGAGCUCUAGGUAUUUUAACUCUAAUGUAGCUCAAGGUGGGUGGGGGGCGUGUAAGUGCACAGAGAGAGGGGUUCCCUGAAUAACCUGCGGUGGUCCUGAACCUUUUAGCCCCCUGAUUAGCUUCCCAAGUGCUGGGAUUGCAGGUGUUUGCUCUCAUGCCUGGCUAUGUCUUUAUUCUUAAAAUAAUGUCUUGGGUCUUUCCCCUUAAAAAAUAAUUUUCAUACAAUAAAUCUCAUCCUUCAUGAUUUUAAUCUUGUAAGUUGGACACCCUUUUAACAGGGGUGGCCUGCCAUCAUAAUCAAGAUAGAGAAUUUUUGUGGCAUUUUCCCAAACUUACUGCGUCCUCUUGUAGUAUAUAUAGUCCUGCCCCCAUCCUUAGAUCCUAGCAGGCACAGACCUCUUUCCUGUUCCUUAGUAUGAAUGCCGUAAGUCACAGAGGGGCUUAUUUUAUGGCAUUAAGCUUUUAGCUUUUUCCUUUUAAAUAUUCCAUUCAAGUUAGAUGUAGUUGUAUAAGCUCUGCUAAGUGGACAAAGAUGAGUAAUCAUGAACAUAGGACAGAAGAGUUCUAUCAGCUGCCCCUCCACCAUUCCUGGUGUUUUACAGUCAAAUCGUGUUCUCUCCCCGUGCUUUCACUGACCUGUGCUUUCACUUUAUGGCUUGUCUUUUGAAAAGAAUUGUAAGUGGAAUUUAAUAGUAUGUAACUUUUGAGAAUGUGUUAUAAAUUAUAGAUUUGAGAUCCGUAUCACUGGAUGUAUCAGUAGUUUUGAUUUCUGUUUCAUAUGCUAUUGUGUGGAUGUCUUACUGCUUAUUCAACCCCAAGUGGAUGAUAUUAUUUACAGUUGAGGAGGAAGUUAUAAAUAAAAAUGCUAAAAAUC